AUGGAGGCCGCAGGCACCAGCAAAAUCAUUGGGUUACAUGAGCUCGAGGAAUUCAGGUUCCAGGCAUUUGAAAGUGCUAGACUAUACAAGGAAAGGAUGAAACUAAUGUAUGAUAAGCACAUCUUGGAUCGUAACUUCAAACCCGGAGAUCUAGUGUUGUUAUGCAACUCGAGAUUGAGAUUGUUUCCGGAAGAUGGGACAAAUAAGUUCACGGUGAAUGGGCAAAGGCUAAAACAGUACCUUGGCAUGGCCGAAGAAAAAGGGGAUAGAGUGGUAAUAACUUUGGAAGAGCCCCAGUACGCGAAUGAGGAGUGA